AUGGCCUUCAAACUAGGCAUCUGCACCCUCUCCCUCGGCCAGGCAUCCGCCGGCCACACCCUCUCCGACAAGCUACGAGCCGCCCGCGCCCACGGCAUCCAGGGCGUCGAAAUCUUCGACGAGGACCUCUACCACCUCGCCGACAGCUUCCCCGGCGGCCGCACGCAAGAGUGCAACCGCAUGGCCGCCGCCGUCGUGAUCCGCCACCUCUGCGCCACCGAGGGUCUCGAGAUCAUCUGCCUGCAACCCUUCCGCCACUACGAGGGCAUCCUCGACCGCGCCCGCCACGCCGAGCGCUUCGCCGAGCUCCAGCACUACAUGACCCUCGCCCACCUCCUCGGCACGAACCUCAUCCUCAUCCCCAGCUCCUUCUUGCCAUCCUCCGAACUCUCCGCCUCGGACGACGACGCCGUGGCCGACCUCGUCAAGGCCGCCGACUACGCCGCUCAGCUCCAGCCCCCAUCCGGAUAG